CGCCUACAUUAUAUUGCCGAUUUAUAUUCUAUGACAGCUCUGUUACUUAACAAUAACUGGGCUAGUACGGUUAAACCACCAAUUUCUUUUGAAAUUACAAAAUGGAUUUUCGUCGUGUCAAUUCUUAUGUCUUUUAUAUUAUUGUUUCUGGAAAUUAAAAAGGCAUAUAAAAUCGAGAUUCAGGAUAGAGAAAAUUGGAAAGACAAAGUUGCCUUCUAUGUUUUCUUUGCAUUUAAAGGAUACAAACGUCUUUUAUUAUGUGAUGGCCCUCGUCAGGUUAUCAACGGUUUAACUGUAUUCACCAUUUUACGUGACAAGAAAUUCUCUAUGAAUAUAUCGGUGAUUGGUCAACUUCUUGCUAAAAAUAGAAGAGAUCGUAUUGCGGAUGCUACUAACAAUGUUCAAUCCAAAGACCAACAACCUACACUUCCAGCAUUAAGAGAUGAUUAUGCUCUUCCGCAAUAUAGUGGUCCUCCGCCGAAAGCUUUCAAUUUAUCUGAUGCUCCUCCAGAUCAACUGAAAUAUAAU